AUGUCUGGUGAAAGCCGCUCAGAGUUCGCCAUGCGUUCCAGGGUUGGACGAACGCCUUCGGAUCAGGAACGGCGCAAAGCUUCACCAUUUAACAAGGAUGCGGUCAUCAUAGAAAGAAAAGUCAAAGCUGGAGAUACGUUAAACAAGAUCGCAAUACAAUACUCUGUGAAUGUAUCGGAUAUCAAACGUGUCAACAAUCUUGUGAGUGAUCAGGAUUUCGUCGCCCUGACCGUUGUUAAAAUUCCUGUGAGUCGCUUGCGGUAUGCGCUCGGUAGCGGCAGUUCAUCGGAGGAUGAUGAACAAAUAAUAAAUCUGGAUGAACGUACUCGAUUAUUAGAGAAUCAGAAGUUGGGAUCAGACAACAGAGCUAUAGAUGUUUCAAGAGAUCCAAGCGUUGAAGAUAUUUUUCACAAAACGGAUGCUACGAUAGCUCAAGUACGAGAAGCGUUACCGGAGGACGGUAUUCCAGGUUCUUUUCAUUUCGUUGACGCUCGUCCACCGGACACUGUCUGUUCCGCCUGGGCUUUAGUUGCAGUCGUUGUUCUUAUAUUUAUGGUUGUUCCGCUCUUGUUUACCUAUUAUGAAGAACAUGAAAACGAAGACCAAACAUAA